UUUUUACGAAAGCGCGACUUGUUGCUCCCCGGAUGAUUUUUUUUCGCGCUGCCGUUUGUUUUGUGUAGUAGUUUGUGUGUUUGCGACUCAUUCAGCUUUGUUAAGAGGAUUUUUAUUUGUCCAUAAAAAGAAAAUAAACAUGUCUGCCGACGGCUCGGACGAUGUUUUAGACUGGCUGUCGUUCACGGACUGUUCUUAGGGAUGAAGAACAAAAAACAGAAAAAAAGAAAAGCCCCCAGUGAUGUGCCCCCAUCUACCAGCCUCCCACCUCUCGUUGAGGGCCAGCUGAGGUGCUUCCUGCGCGUGACGAUAAGCCGGGUGUUAUGGACCGUUCACAAGCCUCCACCUCCAACGUUCAUCAGGCUGCGCUGGUGGGGAGAGUCGUCCAGUGGGACACACUUCUUUCCCAGAGAUGGAUCACAACUUUCUCAAAAAAACAUCAAGACCACAGCUCAUUUCCCCAUCCGCUGCGGGCCAAAACAGUUCACGUCGUAUCUUACAGAUAUGGGCUCUUUGGUGCUUGAAGUCCUGACAAAACCAGAUCAUCUACCAAUUGCUCGGGCUCAAGUUGCUGGUAUCUCCCGUCUAUCUCUGUCGCAACCAAUCAGUGGAUUUUACACUCUUGUUUCCCCAACAUCUGACAAGCUAGGAGAGGUGCAAGUUUCCCUGAGUUUGGAGCCCCUGACAGAAGCCUAUGACAGCAGCAGCUCAGGUCCCGCCACAGACGCCGUCACCGAUGGGACCACGCUGACUGUGCCCUCACACCACAGAUCCCCUUCAGCUGGCAGCGGGAAAGAAUCAGCUGGGAGCAGUGGUAGAAACACACCGAGAGGAAAAGACCACCUGUAUUUCCAAAAUGUCCAAAAAGACAAAGAGGCAGUGGAGAACCAGAUUCCUACCUCAAACAAAUCUCUCAUCAGUCGAGGUGUUGUCAAUCACUCGACUGAGAACUCUUCCCAUCUUCAUCCAUCAGAUGAUAUAAUCUCAGUUAUUUUGGAGCGUGGAAACAAGCUCAGAAACGCAAUGGUUGCGUCAGCUUUAAAAUGUGACGUGGACUCCGCUCCACAUCUGAAAGAAAGUCCUCUGCCUCUCCCUACGGACAACAUUCAACUUCCUGACAAGUCCUUUCCUUCUCCUGCUGGUAUGUUCCUUCAAGACAUCCUUCACGCAGAUUCAGCUCAGAAGCCGUCUGAUGACGCAGCUUUAGCCGCAGACAGCUGCUUGGGCUGUCCCGCUGACAUGGACAGGAGAGCUGUGGAGCUGCUCCUCGGCAGCCCUGUCACAUCUUCAGCGCCGCUCUGGGGUCUACAAGGCUCCCCCCCUGACUCCCUCUCUGGCCACAGCAGCCUGUGUGGAGACAGCGAGCUCAGCGAUCCUCUGUACGAUCAAAGCUUACUGGAAAACCUGUUCUACAAAACUCCUAAUUCAGAUCCUAAUCCAGAUGAUGCUGACAAGGAGGGUCAAAAAAUAAAAUUAACAGCUGAGAAUCCAGCAAACAAGCUGACACAUUCUGGACCCAAUGAAAGUCUAAAUCCAGAUUGUCAACAAUCUGCAGACCGUAGUGAUGUCAGCCAUCUUCCGCUCAGCGUGGAUCAUCUCUCUCUGCUGAGUUUAAUUCGAUUUGUAAAAGUGACCAUCGACUCCUUGAUGUUGCCUGCAGGCGGCUCAAACAUCAGAAAAGCUGCUAAAGGGAAACGGCCGCGAUCAUUAUCCAGCCAGAAGUGUACGUAUUUUGUUGAGUACGUUUUCCCAAAGACUUCAGCUUCCAAUCAUCCUGAUCGCAGUAAGGCAGGAAGUGAAGAGGUGACCAGAGCUGUUUCCAGUAAAGUUAUCAGUGGAGCUGUGAAGUUCCAUCAGGUCUCGGUGUUUCCGGUCCGCUUCAGUACAGCAGCGAUCAGACGGUGGUGGGAAACUGAUCUGAUCUUUACGAUUUACUCACGGACAAACAAUCAGAAAAAACCUGUGGCCGUCGGUAAGGCAGUUCACCCUCUCCGCUGUUCGCUGCAGAGCAAAGAGCUCCAUCAGUCGCUUGUAGUUCCUGUGCAGAGCUCCGAGAGGUUCCAUCAAACACAGCAGAUGGGACCUCUCAAGGUUUCCAUAGAGCUGGGAACACACAGCAUAAAUGUCUCCUCUGAAAAGAAUAAAAAACUGACUUGGAAAGACACGUCAGCUUUACAGAUUCCGCCCAGUCCUGAGAGAGAAACUGUUUCUAGACCCCAGCGUGCCGACACUGGAAGGGAGGCGUUCUCGGACAGCUCUAGACUGAAUGUUUGGACUCCUCAGAAACCUUCAGAGGAGCCCUCAUCUCAUCCUGGGGUCCAAACGUCUCCUUUUAAAUCACCCCAUUGGCUGGAGGAGGAUCCUGAGGUCCUGCUCCACGCCUUGCUCAUGGUUCCAGACGGGAAGAACUUCAGCUGCGGGCCUCUGCAGGCUCCAAAUGUCUACUUGAACUGUAAACUGUUUUGGUCUGAUGAGACGGCAAGAUCUGCUGUCAGCUGGGCUCAGACAAACCCGACUUUUAACUUUGUUCAGGUGACACCAGUGGCCUUAACAACCAAACUUCUGGAGCGGAUGAAGAAUAACGUGAUGGUGAUCGAAGUGUGGCAGAAAACAGGACAGUCCAGUCUGGAUCGACUCUUUGGCCUCGUUAAAUUACCUCUACACCAAUUUUACAUGUCGUUCAGGGACCCAAAGAUCAGCCAGCUGCUUCUGCAGGCGCAGUACCCUGUUGUAGGGGUGGACAGCCACAUGCCUGUCAUCGAUGUGUUCUCAGGAAGCUGUAGAGGAAACCUCAGGGUUCUUUUAGCUAUGGGUCGAUCGGAGCAGAUAAUUUCCCUGCAGCGCACCAGGGAUGACGAGUGUCAUUUUUUGUCUCAUUUGGUGAGACCUGUCCAUAUGCUUGAUCACCAGUCACACUCGCAAACGAAGGUGAAAACGUCACAAGUGGAGGUUAUGACAGAGCACGUGUUUGUAAUAAGAGUGGAGAAGGUCAGUGGGUUGAUGCCUCUGCAGUCCACCGUGUGGGGGGAGGCUGACUGCUACGUCAAGUACAGUUUUCCCUGCCAGGAGGGUGACGUUGCUGCAGAUAUGGACCAAAGCCUCAUAGAAAGCAGUUCAAACCUGAAGCCGUUUCGCACCACCACCACCCUCUGUGUUCCUGACAUGAUGUUCGGUCACGCUGAGACUCAUGUUCUUCUGGCCCCUGAAGGAGUUCCUGUCCAGAAGCUGCUGCUCAGCUCUUUGUCAGCUCAGGGUCUUAGUGAUGGAGGGGGCAUCCUGUUUGAAGUGUGGUGCAGAUAUUAUUAUCCAAACGUCAGAGAUCAGCUUGUAGCCAAAGGAUUGCUUCCUCUGUCUAAACUCUGUGCCAUGGUCACCAUGCAGAGACAACAUCCUAACCAGGCCCAGAUGUUCUCCCUGCCCCUGAUUCCCAGAACCGAGGGUCCCACAGGAUUUCAGCCUCAGCCCUCUGGCCUUCUAGACGUGUACGUUCAUUACAAGCACAGGCCUGUGAGAGCUGAAGGAAAGGCUGUUAGAGGAGCUGCUUCCCGUGUUGUCACUGUUGUGGUUGAAGUGCACAGAGCAGCUGGGCUGAAGGCAGCAGCGAGAGCGAUAUCAGAAGAAAAUGAAAAGUUCAGCCACUUUGCAGACGUCGGAGUGAACUCUUUUGUGACGGUUCAGCUUUCCUUUUUACCCGAGAGUGAGAGGAAGUGUACCCGGACCGCAGCCAGGACCUUCUGCCCUGAGUUUGAUUACCACAUGGAGGUUUCCUGUGACCUGCUGCUGCGCAUGAGCAGCGGGGAAACCUGCAGCCUGGCUGAGCAGCUGGAACGAGCCUCUGCUGUCUUCACUGUCUGGAACAGAGGAAGCCACAAAGUGAAUGUCUCUAAUCCUGAUGAGGUGAUGCUGGGAACAGUGAAAGUACCGCUGGCAGAUCUGAUCUAUAAAAUAACAGGUAUUUCUGGCUGGUUUGGGUUGUAUACAACUCUAGACAGAAGCCCUCAGCAUCAGGACCUUUUGGUUGGAGGCCUUGAGAUUUCCAUCAGCUUCGCUCAUCCCUCAGACAGAGAAAGGGUCGUUAAAGCUGCUCGGGACUUGGGCUGGGAGCCCCCCCACCGUGACCACGAUGAAGAACGCUGGGAAGAAAGCCCGAGAAAACUCUCCCUGACGUUCUCAGUACCUAAAGCCUGGCUGCCGGUCCACUGCCUGCUUCCGCCGGGCCUCAGCGAGCUUCAGCGCCCCACUUACUGCUACCUCAGGUGGAAGUUCUUCGACCAGGACGCCUUCUGCUCCGUGCUGAAACAUCCCUGCGUCGAGGAAGAUGGGCGGGGAAGCCGAGCCACGGUUAGUUUUGAAGGCAGCAGGACUGUGGAUGUCAGACUGACUCAGCCUUUAAAGUGGUACCUGCGAGAGGAGAGGCUGGAGGUGCAGCUGUGGGUGACGUUCAAUAAAAACAGGACCGUGAGGCCGAGUGACUCAGACCGACUGGUGGGCUCAGCGUUUGUCAAUCUGUCCUCUCUUGCAAAGACUCCAAAGCCGAAGCUGACUCUCAGUGGGAUGUACCCGCUCUUCAUGCGCUCCGCGGCCGAUCUACAAGGUGCAGCUCUCAGGGUGCACAUCGUCCUGACGGCUGGUUCUGUUCCUGCAAACACGUUGGCUGAAUGCGACACGCAGGUGGACUCCGACAGUCAGGAGGAGCUUUCCUUACAGGAAGUGGAAGUAACAGAUCACGACCGUUCCUCCGGUUCGCACGGGAAAUCACACACACCAAGCAGACAGAAGGGUGGAUCCUUCAGAGCGACUCCAGACAUCACGUCUGUGCAUCGGGCAGAGCUGACUGUGGACGAGUCUUUCUCUGUGACCGUGGCAGUGGACCGGGCCAUGCAUCUAAAUCUGAAGGGUUGUCCUCUAGCAGAGCGCAGUGAAGAAGCACCUUGUUGCUGCGUUUCGUACGUCACAGCUGAUUCUGCUGAACCAGUGUCCACGGCUGUCGUGGCCAACUCCCACUGUCCUGUGUGGGACCACCAACGCGAGUGCAGACUUUCCAAGGAGCUGCUGGUUGAUCCACAACAAUCUUUUGUGUUGAAAGUCUGGCACAAAGGAGAAAUAGAGCGGGUGAUUGGGUUUGCCUGCGUGGACCUCUCUCCAUUACUCUGCGGUUUCUCGUCGGUGUGCGGCUGGUACAACAUCACAGACUUCAGCGGCCAGUGUCACGGUCAGAUUAAAGUGUCCGUAACUCCUCUGAAGGGAGUCCAGGAGCUGCGCGGGCAGAGAAAAACGGUUUCUGAAGAAGCUGCAACGCACUCACCGGGCAUUCCUCUCAGCUACCAAACCACAGCCAUGUACAGCAGCUUUCCUUCCCACAUCAGCAGAUUCCCCGAGCAGAAGAUCUCCUCACCCAGUCACACAGACAGGCUGUUCUCUGAAAGCAGGCCCGGUGAGAGUGAGCGUCACUCUCAGCACAUGGACAAGGUCAGAUUUUACCAUCAGAGUCUGCAAGAACAGUCAGCCUCUCACUCUGUUUGCAGCACCUCAGCCAGUGACGUUAAUCCUUCCAGCUCCGUGUUGUUUUCAGCCCUCAGGAGAAAACUAGGCGAGCUCGACAACAUUCAGAAAUACUUCAAUCAAAAGCUUUCGACUCCUUUGUUUCCAUCCAUGACUGAGCAGGACCGGCACACCCAAGCUGAGGCAACGAGGAACUCAGAGACCGACACAAGUCAGCUGCUUCUCAAGUCCAACCAGUUAGUAGGAGAAGUCAACGACAUCAUCAGUGGUCUGAAGAGACACCACCAGGAAACGAUCCCUUCUAACGCACUAAGUGGCUCGAUGAGCCCGCCUGUAGAACACGACAGCCCUCAGAUCAUCCCCGAGAGCAUCUCCAGCCCACACGGAGUCAUCGACGUCGUGUCACCUCUCCCGUCGCUGCCCACAGAGAUGUCUGAGGACCACACGAACUCUGAGCCCGAGGAAGAAAAGGACGGACAAAACAGCAACAUUUCAGAAGAUGAACAGAAAGAGGAGACGAGUUUCAGGCAGGACGAGGAAGAAGAGGAGUACGAGGAUUACGAGGAGGUUGUGCUGAAUCCGAGACCUCUUAACGAGGUGACCUCGUUAACGGACAGAACCAGCCCUUGGACCAGCAUCCUGUCAGACCCUGAGCUGGUUUCUGUGGAGAGCACUGAGGCACCAAAAGACUCAGAUUUGAGUGAGGCUGAGGGUGAGAAAAGACUCGGCUCUGAAGGAGAACACAGAGCUCACAGCUGCGAUGGUUCAGACGGAGAACCUUCAGACACGGAGAGAAAUAACGAAGGGACGCUUCGAGAAGCUGAGUUAAAACCAAACAGCCCCGACAAGAGCUCAGUGGACUCCGAUUCAUCAGCAACGCCCCCACCUGACCCUGACACUCCUGAUGUCUCAGGACCUCAAGACAGCGAAGAUACAGAGCUCCAAACCUCUCUGCCUUUGGAAGUCCCUAAUUUCUUCCUCCCCUCUCACCAACUCGAGGCGUCGUUGAGAGUCAUUCGUUUAGCGCCGUCUUUUUCCAAAACCCUAGAGUCUGGCCAGAACUCCUCACAUCAUGGCCUCGUCCCGCCUCGCAGACGUCCUCGGCACCGGCCCAACAUGUCACCUUCAUCCAUGAGGAAAGAAACAGAAAGAAUAGCAAAAAUAUUCUCAGCUCAUUUUGACCAUAGUCCUGCUUCCUGAUCUUCAUCUAAACAAUCAUGUAAAUUAAAUGUUAGAUUUUGUAUUUUUAUAAAUAAAAUGUUGAUUUUUCACCUCUUUAAA